CGUCCAUGUGACGUCAGGAAACUGGCGACAGAAUGACGGAGAGAGUUGACUCAGUAAUUUGAGUUUUUAUGUAUAUUUAUGUUUAAGUAUGCACAGCCGAGCUACACGUGUCCAACAGUUUAUCGUGGAUUGCUGGUUAGCAUUUGCAUUAACUAGGUAACACCGACAAGAUGGUGAUCGCGCGAGAGCAUCAUUUGGAGAACAUGUAACUAUCAACAGGUGCCCGAAAAUGAAACUUGAUUUCGACCAUGUGCUUUUGUUGACCUCGUAUAAUGACAAUAGUCGUGUUGCCACCCACGGGAUUCGACACACCCAUCCGUUUGUAAAUUUCUACAGAUGAGGAUACUGUUUGGUUAGGAUCUGCAUUUUUCAUUUGUGCUGACUGAAAAUGGCGGGCACUAAAGUAUUUAUAGCGGGUGUAAAGAAAGAGGAUUCUAGUCUAGUCCUACCACUACAGUCAGCAGCCAUUUUGUUCAUGACUGAAUAUUGCAUCAGUGACACAGUGGACUUCCAUUUGACCUUGGUCGACGAAGGAAUCAAUCGUUCCGUUUGUGUGACAGUAAAUCAAAAUAUUCUACAAAAGUAUAAUCACACAUUUACAAACUCAGAGGGAGGUUAUCAGAAUUGCGCUCUUCCUGUAAUCAUAGAGGAUGGAGGAAGGCUGAUAAGAUCAGGUCUCUGCAGCAUAAUACGUCAGAUUGUCACCAUUGCCCAUACACAUUCUCCUGCAGAAGAUUUUGACUUUUUGUUGGGAUUCCGUGGUGGGAGCUUAAAGGCUUGUGCUGAGGUUUCAGGAUGGACGAAGCUAUGUGAAGUGGACAUUCCAAACAGCAUUGGUGAAUUGAUCCAACAAAUCAGAGAGAUUAAAGAUACUGACAGUGAACCAAAGAUUGAUGUCCCAGAGGAUGUUAUGAAAUUGGAAUGGCAUUUCCAGACACCAGCCAAACUUCACAACGAUGACAAACAAAAAAGAUGUUUAUUGUCACAAGUUAUAAAGGAAGCAGAGGAAACUGACAGCAAUUCUGGCCUUUCCCGGUUUAGAUUGCAACGUGACUAUCCAUUGACCCAUUGUGUUAGCAGAAUUAACUUGAUGUGUAAUGGUGGUGUAUCCAAAGAAACUGGAAAGAAAUCCAGUUCUUGUGAAAAUGGAAUAUCGGUUAAAAAUCUGGAAAUUAAAAACGGGAUUAGCAGCUCGCAACAAAACCAGCUUAAUCAGUCAGACAGAUGCACUUUAGAGAAAUCUUUCCAAAGUCUUGAGGAACUUACAAGCUUUUUGAACACAUUGACAUUUCGUGACGUUGAUCUGAUUCAUUUGUAUGCUGAAGGAAAUACAAUCACAGUGGCAGACCUUAUCCUCUUCCCGUUUGUGUACCAUUUGUUGGAAAGUUUGUCAUUUGACCUUCAAUGCCUCAUUGGUCACGUGCCUAGAAUUAUUUCCUGGAUCCAACACAUGACUAGUUUACCACGGAUACAGGAAUGUGCAAGGAAUUGUGGGUAUAACACUGACCUUCUAGACACCUCAGAUGUUUCUGAUAUUUCCAGUCAACGGGAAUCAAAAUAUUGUUUUGUUUCUCCUUCCCAGGAGCAGGAAUGCAAGGAGGAUGAAUUGGAACUUAGCCGGAGAUGUAGAGCCAAGUCCCGGGCCAUCAAACCAGAAGUUGCAAGUGCACUGGAAAAGGUGAAGGAGAGCAAUAUCAGUGUGGAAUUAGGCUACCACCCGUGUGGAGAAGCAGUUCAGUUGGUGUGGGAGGGAAUUCCUGAUGGGGUACACCCUGGUGCUGACUUGCCUAAGAAGCGCCUGAUGAGGAAAUGUCAGCAGCUGGAGAAUUUAGUGACGGCGGUCCAAGCUCUGGCAAAACCAGGGGACAUCAUCGUCGACUUCUGUAGUGGAGGGGGUCAUCUUGGAUUGGUCAUAGCCUAUUUGAUGCCAGAUUGUAAGGUUUAUUUGGUUGAGAAUAAUGAGUCAUCUUUGAUGCGUGCCAAGACUCGUGUGGAGAAAGCCAGUCUCAACAACGUUACACUUUUCCAGUGUAAUCAGGAUUAUUUCCGAGGGAGCUUUGAUGUCGGGACAUGUCUGCAUGCUUGUGGCUCAGCCACAGACAUGGUUCUACAUCAAUGUCUACAGAACAAUGCAAAGUUUGUUAUCUGCCCUUGUUGCUAUGGUGGCAUCCAAAACACACACCUGAUGACGUAUCCAAGGAGUCAGCAUUUCAAGACGGCCAACAUUCCAUCCAAGGAUUUUAUUGUGUUGGGUCAUGCAGCAGAUCAGACAGAAUUCAAUAGAGAUCUCGAGGAGCAAGGUAAAUACUGUAUGAACCUUGUGGACACAGAUCGUGCAUUGCUAGCCAAAGAGAGUGGGUAUACUGUAGAUUUGUGCUCUCUAAUUCCUCCAUCAUGUACACCUAAAAAUAACAUUCUCGUAGGAUGUCCUAAUGAGGUAACUUCAUAAGGCAUCUUAUUGUGGCAUCUUCCAGUGCAUCCUCGUAGGUCAUACCAGCGUGGUAACUUUAAAGUUCAUCCAAAUACAACAUCCUAUUGUGGCAUCCCCUUAUGACAUUCCACUGUGGAAUCUUUAUAUGUAUCCUAUUGUGACACUCUGGCAUCUUCAUAGGAUGUCCUAGUGUGACAAUUUCAUUUGGUGAUUUAAAACUGAUUAAAUUGUUCAAAACUGGUCAUCCUAACACAUCCUAGAUAUACACCCACUACUCAACAGACAUUAGAUAGGAACAAAUGUGUUUGUAUUUCAUUGGACAAUUCAGUUUAUAUGUUCAUUCUAUACUGUGAUAUGCGACAUUGUUUUUAAUCAUUCAAAGUGCCAAUUAAAUGCUUACAAUUUU